CUGUUUAGAGUCGACCUGCUGACUGGGCUCUUUUUGGGGGUUGGGGUGGGGUAGAUGCAUCGCUUUCCCACCACCCCACCCACCUUCGCGACGUCCCAGCCCCUGUAGCCUCCCACCCGCAGCAUCAACCCGGUCCAGCCUUUUCGUUGGGGUUUCUGCUUCCACAGGCAAAGAGUUUCCUUCAAGACACCCAGGGAGUGCUUUGUGGGGGGCGAGGGAUAAAGACUCGGGAGACCGACAGAUCUUCCUGUUCGUGCUGCAGGCAUCUUUCUUUUCCCCCUGAGCCGGUGGGACACUCGCCCUUUCUCUCCACCCCUUUGCAGGAAUUUGGCUCACUCGGUGAGCCUCUCGCCCCAAGGCGCUGGGCUUUCCUCUUUGGGCUAACUCUGAGGAUCGGAGCAUUUCCUUGACAGUCUUUCUCUUGGCCCCCGAGCAAGAAGAUCCGAAGAAGGUGGGCGGGCCUGCCUGUUGAAGAACUUUAUUCCUUAUUUUAGUUGCCAGCCUUUGCAAGAGUUUGGAAGCUAACAACUCGGCGCGCAGCGGGAUCGGACCCUUUCAAAAGCUGGAGGAGUUUGCCUUGCUCAGGUCGAAUUAGGCAGAAAAGAAGAACUUCUGGUCCGAGGAACGGAUUUAGACAAGUUUUAGCGGAAUAAGAAUUUAUAGCUCCCAUUUUUCAUUUUUGGUACUGUUUAAGAAAUUGAUUUUCAACUCGGAGCAAUUGGCUUUAUACAGCUGAAUUGGAGGUUAGUGUCUCAAUUUAAAAUGGUGAAUUACUCGUAUGAUGAAGAUCUUGAAGAACUGUGUCCAGUGUGUGGAGAUAAAGUCUCUGGGUAUCACUAUGGACUCCUUACCUGUGAAAGCUGCAAGGGGUUCUUUAAACGAACAGUCCAGAACAAUAAAAGGUACACGUGCAUAGAAAAUCAAAGCUGCCAGAUUGACAAAACUCAAAGGAAGCGCUGCCCUUACUGUCGGUUUCAAAAAUGUCUAAGUGUCGGGAUGAAGUUGGAAGCCGUGAGAGCUGACCGGAUGCGUGGGGGUCGAAACAAAUUUGGACCAAUGUACAAGAGGGACAGGGCACUGAAGCAGCAGAAGAAAGCUCUCAUCCGAGCAAAUGGACUCAAGUUGGAAGCCAUGACUCAGGUGAUUCAAGCAAUGCCCACUGACCUAACAAUAUCCUCUGCGAUCCAGAAUAUCCAUUCUGCCUCCAAGGGCCUACCUCUGAACCAUACAGCCUUGCCUCCCACAGACUAUGACCGAAGCCCCUUCGUCACCUCUCCCAUUAGCAUGACAAUGCCGCCACAUGGCAGCCUGCAAGGCUACCAGACCUACGGUCACUUUCCGAGCCGUGCUAUCAAGUCUGAGUACCCCGAUCCUUACACUAGCUCCCCUGAGUCGAUAAUGGGCUACUCUUACAUGGAUGGUUAUCAUCAGACAAGCUCGCCAGCAAGUAUUCCUCACCUGAUACUGGAACUCUUGAAGUGUGAGCCAGACGAGCCACAGGUCCAGGCGAAGAUCAUGGCCUACUUGCAGCAGGAGCAAGCCAACCGAAGCAAACAUGAAAAGCUCAAUACCUUUGGGCUUAUGUGCAAAAUGGCUGACCAAACCCUCUUCUCGAUCGUCGAGUGGGCCAGGAGUAGCAUCUUCUUCAGAGAACUUAAGGUUGAUGACCAAAUGAAGCUGCUUCAGAACUGCUGGAGUGAACUCUUAAUUCUAGAUCAUAUUUAUCGCCAAGUGGUACAUGGGAAAGAAGGCUCCAUCCUCCUAAUCACUGGGCAACAAGUGGAUUACGCUGUAAUAGCAUCUCAGGCAGGAGUCACACUCAACAAUCUUAUGAGCCAUGCACAGGAGCUAGUAGCAAAACUACGAUCUCUGCAGUUUGAUCUACGAGAGUUUGUGUGUCUCAAAUUUUUGGUGUUAUUCAGUUUAGAUGUCAAAACCCUAGAGAACUUCCAGCUGGUGGAAGGUGUUCAAGAACAAGUGAAUACUGCUUUGCUGGACUACACAAUGUGCAACUAUCCACAGCAGACAGAAAAAUUCGGGCAGCUUCUCCUGCGACUCCCGGAAAUCCGGGCAAUCAGUAUGCAGGCUGAAGAAUACCUCUACUAUAAACACCUGAACGGGGAUGUGCCGUGUAAUAACCUCCUUAUUGAAAUGCUGCAUGCAAAGAGAGCAUAAAUUAUAUCCUUUUAAAGCCUCUGCUUUUGAGGAGAAAAAGCAAAAUACUCUGAACUACUCCAAACGACACUAAUUAAAAAGAACUUGGUUUAAAGGAACUUUGUCCCCCCC